GACUUUGUCAACUUGUCAAUUUAUCGUUUUCGAAUCGAAAUCAAUUUUGUGUACCAUAAAUAUUAAUCACUUCUUUAUUUGUAAUCGAACUUCUAAUUUUUCACAUCAUUGUUGGACUAAAGAUACUAAUUAUCCCACAAUGAGUUUGGAUACAUCAUCAAAUAAUGGGACAAGCAAGCCGGAACGGAAACACUACGAUCGCACCAAGUCAGACGAUUUACAAAUCUCUAGGACAGACAUGAAUAUGUUGAUUAUGAAUUAUUUAGUAACAGAGGGAUUCAAAGAAGCUGCUCUUAAAUUCCAACAAGAGGCUGGUCUUCAAGAGCCAGCACUCUGCAGUUCUCUGGAUGAACGUAUAAUGAUCCGGGAGGCGGUCCAGGGUGGUAGGAUACCUGAAGCCAUAUCUAUGGUCAAUGCAUUACAUCCAGAGUUGUUGGACAAUGACAGAUACCUAUACUUUCAUUUACAGCAACUACAACUAUUGGAGCUGAUUCGGGCAGGACGAGCAGAGGAGGCACUAGCCUUUGCCAGUGCAACACUAGCAGAGGCAGGAGCCAAUGACCGCAUCGCCCUCACCGAGCUGGAGAGAUCUCUGGCACUGCUGGCUUUCCCCGACCCACACACAUCACCAUUUGCUGACUUGCUACUACCUUCACACAGUCAAAAGAUUGCAAGUGAACUCAAUGCAGCCAUACUAAAGAUGGAGAACCAAGAAUACACCAACCCCAAGUUGUGCAGUCUGCUGCGUAUGAUCCUGUGGUCACAGAGCGAGCUCGACAAGCACAACGUGAAGUACCCCAAGAUGACGGACCUCGCCAAUGCCACCAUAGAACAGCCUAAAUGAAACACUCUGAGGAAGAAGAGUAACUUAUUUAGAUGUGAUUGAUAUUAUAAGAUUUCUUAUGAAUGAAGUAAAGGGGUUGACAAUUUUAAAUGUAAAUUAUAGCCAGGACUGUAAACCUAAGAUGUGACCCACAGCAUAUCCAGUGUAGAGAAAAAGACAAAGUUGACCAAUAGCACCAAACCAGAAGUUUGGUGCUAUUGGUCAACUUUGUCUCUCUCUCUUCCAUCGUAUCGCAACAAAAGAGAUAAUGAUAUUUCUACUGUAGGCCCAAUGAGCGAGCUACGAAACAACAACAAUUGAAUCCGAAAUACUGCUAGUGGUGUGCACAAGGUUUUCAACUAGGGUAGGCGAUAUACGUAAAAAUCGUAUAAAAUUCUUUCUAAAAUACAUGUUCGUAUUGAGUCAUUAGGGCAGACAUUGCAUUUUUGCAUUUAUGAAGUGCACGCCACUCGACAAUAUGUAAUUUGUUUGUGGGAAAUGUCAUUGCAGGCUAGACCUUCAGUAAGCCUAUUAUGCGCCAAGAAACAAAGUAAAGAGAUAACUUUGUCCACAUAUAAAUAUCACUUUUGGCUCAUCACAAAAAAUUGCUGGUCUUUGGCCUACAGUGCAAAAACAUAACUAUACCAGUACAAAUCUUUAUUCUUUAAACAUACAAGUUUUUAUAAAUAGCAUUGUUGAGACCUUGCGGGCAUGAUGGUGCCGGUGACAGAAGCUUUCAUUGCAAUGGGACAAAAGGGAUAACAGAUAUGUUGAUAAAUUAUCUUCUUCUUUUUAAUUUAAUGGCUAUAGUAAGGAAGUGUUUAAAAGAAGCUCUUUGGGUUCUGAGUCUAUAUUAUAAACUCAAUUUAGAGUUACAUUUUCGAGUGAAUAUUUCUUUUUGACACUUACGAUAAAAGUGUCGCUUACUACAAAAGUGUCGCUUACUAUAAUUUGACGGUCACAUUCGUACGACGAUUUGAACCUCCCCCUGGUGCAACCCCUAGUGGAUUUUUUUAAACCCUCAGAGUAAAAAGGCUCAUUGAAAAUUUCAUUCCCGAUUGUAAUGGAGUCAACAUGAAUUUGUUGCUAUGGUUACUUAACUCUUACUACAAUUCGCUAAGCUGCCCUUAUAGUGUUUUUCAGAUAGCAUGGUGAGGGUGACAGUUCUUUUCGCUUUUCGAAAGUUGGCCGCGUUUCGCGAUGUUAUUACGUAUUAUGGACGUCAUAAGGCAACUGUCACUGUACCCAUGCUGUCUGAAAAACACUUCAGCUUAGUAUGUAUGAUAAUAAAUUAAAUGAAAUAACUUUACUAUAGAAAUAUUAUGGUUUUAUUUAUCAUUUUCAUUGUCAACGUCUGUAUAAGCUAUGAAUUUUAUCAUUUCAAAGUAUUAAGGAUAGGUCACAAAAUCUCUAGAAACUAUGAACAAUGUUUAAUAAUUACAGAAUAUUGCAGUCUAAUAAAUAAUUUAUUUAGGUACUUUAAAAUUUAGAAAUCAUACCUUAGUAUUGAUAAUUAUGUUCUUGUAUCGGGAAAUGACAAUAUUUGAAGAACUAGACAAAGAUUUUCUUCACUUACCUUACUUUAUAUUGAAUUAUUAUAAAUAACACAUCAAUAGGUACAUGUUUUUUUUUCUGAAAUACUUCUAAUAAGGUAUUUACAUAAUGUGUGUAACAAACUUGAAAACAACCCGUUUGUUCUCUGGCACGGCUGAACUGUUUUUUUUUUCAAAUAUAUUAAAUUUAUAUUGUCGCAAAAUGAAAUUUUAUCAAUACAAAUAUUGUAGAGGAAAGAUAGAUUGUUUACCUUACCUUAUCAGCUGAUAGACGUCCACAGCUGGACAUAUGUCUCUUGCAUGGACCUCCAACCAAAACGGUCUCGAGCAUCCAGCGGCUCCUCCAACCCGCUUGAUAUCCUCAGUCCACCUAGUGGGGGUCGACCAACACUGCGUUUUCCGGUGCGGGGUCGCCAUUCCAGCGCCUUGGGAUCCCAACGUCUAUCGGCUCUUCGAACUAUGUGGCCUGCCCAUUGCCAGCCACUUCAGCUUCGCGACUCGCUGAGCUAUGUCAGUGACUUUGGUUCGUCUGCGGAUCUCCUCAUUCCUGAUUCGAUCACGCAGAGAAACUUCAAGCAUAGCUCGCUCCAUCGCCCGCUGAGUGACUUUGAGCCCUUUUCUAAUAAGGCCCAUAUAUUAGAGAUAGAGCAUUGAAUAGGCUCCGAAACUACUGAACCAAUUUGAAAAAUUCUUUCACUGUUGGGAAGCCUCGCUAUCCAGGGUGCUAUAGGCUAUAUUUUAUCCCCGUGUUUUCUUUUCCUUUUUUCAUGUUGCCUCACUGAAAAUUUGCGGGCUGUGUGUUGUUUGACCAGUAAGGAUUUUAAAAUCUUACCACUUAAUAUACUAUGUAGAAGCGUAAAAUAGGAGAAUUUGAAUGUUACUUCCUAAUGUUUUUAACAUUAUGUACAUACAUAGACUGUCUCGAUUAUAUCAAAAUGAUUUAUGUAAUAUAUUUUUCAUUUCACUACUUCUGAAAGCUUUUCUACUUCUAUUAAUACCUACAUAUUUCUAUUAUUACCUAGGCAGGUACAUAUUUCUAUUAUCUAUUAAUGAAUCAAUGAAUAGGUAAUUAUUCAACUUUUUCUACUUAUGCGGAAUGUCAUGAAAUUUGAAUUAAAGCCCCCUUAAAUAUUCAUUUUUAACCGACUUCAAAAAGGAGGAGGUUCUCAAUUCGGUCGGUUUUUUUUUUUUUUUUAUGUAUGUACACUGAUUACUCAAAGACGCCUGGACCGAUUUCAAAAAAUCUUUUUUUGUUUGAAACGGUAUAGUCUCCAUUUGGUCCCAUUGCCAUCAUGUCAAGAUCUGAUGAUGGAAUCUUGGAGAAACUGAGGGGAACUUUUGAAAAUUAUAUGGGUGUCUAGUGUGUUCAAAUACUUUUUCAUUUAGUACUUUUAAGCACUACAAUUUCAUGAAGGUUUAAAAUCGAUCUGAUGAUGGAGCCAUAAAACAGACGAGGGAACUCCUCGGCGAUUUACAACAGUUACCUUGUGUUUGGGCUUGAUUAAUUUGUAUUAAUGAGAACUUUCUACCUAGAUGAGUUGUGUCUAUUAUUAGGAGUCUGAUAAUGAAGACCAAGGUCAAUUAAGGGAACCCCUUAACGGUUUACGGUAGCUACAUUGUGCUUGGGCUUGAUUAAAUUGUAUUGCUGAAAAUAUUGUACCAAGAUGGGUUGUGACUGUCAUUAGGGGUCUGAUGUAUUCGUUUGAGAUGAAAUUUUACACUAAAAAUGAAAAAAUAAUAAAAAUUUUAUUAAAAAAAAUACAACCGACUUCAAAACCUAAAAACGUACCCACUAAACUAAAAAGUGAAAAAUAACAUCAUAAUAUGUUCUACCUGCUGAUCAGUAUGAAGGCGGUGCUUAGCCGGUGUUGUCUUAAUUUAAGCCAUUUCUGACAGGACCAUAUGAAACCAAACUGUCUGCAAAAUCUAAAUCUAUAAGAUAUUCUCACAUGGCUUGAAUUAAUACAUCACCGGCUUAGCACCGCCUUCAUACUGAUCAGCAGGUAGAACAUAUUAUGAUGUUAUUUUUCACUUUUUAGUUUAGUGGGUACGUUUUUAGGUUUUGAAGUCGGUUGUAUUUUUUUUAAUAAAAUUUUUAUAUUUUAUUGUAUUUGCUGUUAUAGCGUAACAGAAAUAAAUCAACUAUGAACAUUUCAACUUCUAAAUAACACAGUUUAUGAGAUACAGCCUAUAGUCAGACGGACAGCGGAGUCUUAGUAAUAGGAUCCCGUUUUACCUUUUGGGUAGGGAACCUAAAAACCUGAUUUGCCCUCAAUUCGAAUACCUCUCAGUAUUGUAUGCCUAAUCCAGUCGUUUCACUCGAGGCUCGAUUUAAGAAUACUUCGCGUAUUCUAAAUACUCGUGGUAAACAAUAAUUUGCGUCACACAUAGCUGCGUAAAUAUACAGGUGUCCCAUAAUUAAUGGGUAAAAGGCAAGUGGUUUCAAUUGGUCGCAAGUCCUUCCCGUUUUAUCCAUUAAUGACGGGACAACUUGUAUGAAUUCACCUCUACGAUCGAGGUUGUAAAGUAAUCAUUUCGCUCGUGGUAAAAUUAAGAAUCCUUCGCUUUGCGAAUGCAUUUAUUGAAUACGUAUUCAAACCUCGCGGCAAACAUUGCUUUUGAAUCAAUAACUUUCCCAUUUGGCAUGUUCAUUCAGUUACUAUUAUUAGAACGAUUAAUUAAGAUUGCGACUGAGAAGAAUUACAUGUGAUUAGUGAAAAAUACUUAUCAAAUAAUGAAUAUAGUUAUUAUGAGGUAUUCAUUAUAAAAAAGUCAUGAUACUUAAUAAUGUUUUAAUGUCAUUAGCUAUUUGAAAUAAAUUGACUACAAUUUUCACCAAUGCAGUAAAGAUAUCUUAAUUAUAAGGAUUUUUGUAUGUAACUUUAGAAAUAAAAGAUAAUUUAUGAAUAUUUCAUUUGACUUUUUAUUUAAAUUCAGCAUAAUUGUUGUAUGUACAUUUAAAAUUAUUCACUUAACUCGCGUAGCCGUCUGAGAUACAUUACAAAAUGUUACUUACCUAUUACAGACAGUGGCGUAGCUAGGUAACCAAGGGCUCUGGUGAAAAUA